UCCCGAAAUGCACCGCGAGGAGUGACGUAACAGUAUGAGAACUCUCCAGCGAAGGAGGUAGAAGAGGUCAUUCAAUAUGGCGGACGUUCCAACUAAUGCGCCUGAGCACUGCCCUGGUACAGGGAGUGAGGGUGCGGGUCAGGCAUCUGCCUGUCAGGGAUGCCCUAAUCAAGUUCUGUGUGCUCAACCCAAAGCAAAGGAUCCAGCACUUGUUCAGAUAAAAGAGAGACUGUCUACUGUUAAACAUAAGGUGCUGGUUCUAUCAGGGAAAGGAGGUGUGGGCAAGAGCACCUUCUCAGCUCAUCUUGCACAUGGACUGGCCAGUGACAGCAAAAAUCAGAUUGCUGUUCUCGAUGUGGACAUAUGUGGACCCUCCAUUCCAAGAAUCAUGGGCCUGGAAGGAGAGCAGGUUCAUCAGAGUGGGUCCGGAUGGUCACCAGUGUAUGUGAGUGACAACUUGGCUGUGAUGUCCGUGGGCUUCCUGCUGGCCGGGCCGGAAGAUGCUGUCAUCUGGCGGGGGCCAAAGAAAAAUGGUAUGAUCAAGCAGUUCCUGCGAGACGUUGACUGGGGUGAGAUUGACUACCUAGUGAUUGACACUCCCCCUGGGACAUCAGACGAGCACCUGUCUGUUGUACAGUACCUCAGUGAGACGAACGUAGAUGGCGCCGUGCUGCUCACCACUCCUCAGGAAGUAUCUCUGAUGGAUGUGCGGAAGGAGAUCAACUUCUGUCACAAGGUCAAACUGCCCAUUAUUGGGCUGGUGGAGAACAUGAGUGGAUUUGUCUGUCCGAGCUGCACGAAAUCCUCUGAGAUCUUUGCCCCCACCACUGGAGGAGGAGAGAAGAUGGCCCAGGAGACUUGCAUCCCCUUCCUGGGGAAACUGCCCCUCGACCCUCGCAUAGGUAAAUGUUGUGACGAGGGCAAGUCAUUCCUGGAAGAGGUUCCCGAUUCCCCGGCUACCCUGGCCUUCUCACAGAUUGUACAGAAAAUAACUGAGCAUUGCACCAAAGCAGCUGUGAACCGAAGUGAAGAGACAGGUGAGAAGAUGGACACAAGCUGAUGAUGCUGGGACUAGGGUACUGACGUCUCUGGACAACACAUGGUCCUCACAUCACUCCAGUGUCACUGAUGCGAUCGGUGAUACCAACAUGCGUCCUACAUCCCCACUGAUAGUGCCACUGAUAGUGCUGUUGCUUGCUGGCCUCACAGCACAGUACCUACCAGGGAAAUAUACAUGAUAUUAACCAGGAGGGCAUUACAUGAGAUAUAUGUAGGUGUUCUGUGGUGAUGUGAACAGACUUUUUUUUAUUUCUUGGUUUACAGAGUUUUUCACAAUAAAAUAAUGGUCGGUAGGUGGGGAAUAAAAUAUUGCCAUACAAUCUCGGACUUCUGUCUAGACAUUCCAGGAUUUUCUUUUGUUCAGUUUUCAAAUUUUGAAUCGAGAACAAGUAUAGUUUACGAAGAAUAGUCUGGAAUGGAAGUCACCUGUUUGAACCUAGUGCAGGAGGCGGUCGAGUAGCCUGGUGUUUAAAGCUUACGCUCCUCAUGGCGAAGACCAAGGUUCGAUUCCCGAUAUGGGUACCAUGUGUGAAGCCCAUUUGUGGUGUCCCCUGCCGUGAUAUUGCUGGAAUAUUGCUUAAAGCGGCAUAAAACCAAACUCACUCACUCACUCACUCACUCACUGAACCUAGUGCUGUGAAGCUAGAGAAUUCUGCUUUCUGAUUAGCUAAUGAUAACUUCUUGUUAAUCAUUUCAUUGGUUAGUCAGAGUUUGCGAAAGGACGUUCUGACGUGACCUGUAAUGGGAUGUCCUGAGAUCUACAUGUUGUGCAAAGUUCUGAUUUUAAUGAUCAGGGGGAAUCUGUAAACCAUUGGAGAAGAAUGUCUGGCCUCACUGUGAUGUUUUGUAGUGCUGAAGUAUCAGUGUGUAUGCAAGUGUGCUAGACAUGCAAUCAUAUGUAGCAAAUGUGAGGUGAUGUUAAAAAUUUAAGGUGCAAGAUUGGUUAUUUUUUAGUGAGCCUUUAUUGGGAGAACAAAUACCCAAAUAUUAUAUGAAUUACUACAACAUGAAGGGCAGAAAACUGAUGGUGCAACUAGCACAGUUCUCAGCUUAUACUGAGAAACGUUUAUUUAAAAUGUUUUUUUAGCAGAUCAAAAGCUGCCACAGCUUGACAAGAGCAGAAAGACAUGAUGUAACUGCUUUUAUAAUACUCAGCUCCAUCCCAGUGUGUCACGGUGAUGUUGGUGUAAGGAGCUUUGGGAAAUACAUGUGCAUGUCACAGUGAAGUCACACUGGGAUGUAUACUACACAAAAGAAGUACAAAACAGCGUAUUCUUACAUAUUACUACAGGUAUUCUGUCAUGCCGUGACAGAUUAACUAUAGUAAUAUGAGAGAAUCAAGUGUUCUUUACGUUGUUUUGUGUAGUAUAUUCAGGAGGAUGCAUGAGCUCCCCCUGGGAGGGACCUGGGUAUCCGACACCUCCAUGUUGAUUACACUUUCUUAUGGCCAGAGUCAGAAUACAUUCCAACUCUGAUCUUGCACCUGUAAAGUAUAAUUAAAGUUGAUUUAGUCAUAGUCUCUAUUGCUUUUUGUGGCAGCACAUGUAGACUGUACAAUUGUUGCAAGUAAAACACCCAAUAACAGAUACAAAUAUUUUGUACAUAAGAAUAAAAAAAAAUGUUCAUGA